AUGGAAUCUUUCACCGUCGUUCUAAUGAUGGCGCUAGCGUGCUGUGUAAACGCUAUACCAAAACCAAUCAAAUACCACAAGAGACAUCCCAGAAUUAUGUCACAUAUGGCAUCCAGUCCAUCUAUGGCGUCGGAAUCCACGAUGGGGAUGCGUGAUUCGAUCAUUCCAGCGUCGUCCAUGUCGAACACCAUGUCAGCCGCAGCAAUGAGUAACGCUCUGGCCAAUGCGAUGUCUUCUCCGUCCGCUGAAUUGGCUGCAGGUAUGUCGAUGUCCAGUCCAAUGGUCACUUCAAUGAACCCGUCGAGCAGUAUGUUAAGCAGUUCAAUGUCCACGCCUCUUCUUAGAGAUGCAGCUAUGUUGGCCAUGAUGACUGGGACAUCAAUGCCAGUAAUUACUCAAAUGAUGACGACAUCUCCCACGAUGCGAGCUGUCCUUUCGAUGAUGUCUAGAUUGGCAAGAAACAUGAUGACCCGAAGUCGUAUGAUGGCUAUGGCUUCCUCCAAUCCGGCGAUGGCGAUGUCUGCCGAUCCCAUGGCGACCAUGUCUUUAACCAAUUCUAUGAUGCCCAUGUCUUCUACAAGUCCGAUGAUGUCCAUGUCUUCGAGCCCUAUGAUGUCAAUGACUACCAAUCCAAUGAUGUCCAUGUCCUCAACAAAUCCCAUGUCAAAUACUAUGUCCUCUUCUACGAUGUCAAAUCCAAUGAUGGACGCUAUGAUGAUGUCAGCUAUGCCGUCGAGUGCAAUGUCCAACUCUAUGAUGGGUAAUAAAUUUCUUACACCAAGCGCCCGAAGAGCUAUGACAAAGUUCAAUUAUCACAGAUACUACUAA